CUGGAGCGCCCUCUGGUGGACUGCUGAGGUGACCAUUUGUCUUUAGGCCGUCAUGGCAACGCAUGCGCAGGCCCACCAGCCCAUCUUAGGAAAUGAUACUCUCCGCAAACAUUACGAUUACGUGGGGAAGCUGAAAGGCAGGCAGGACCCUCCUGAUGAUAGCACCCCUAUCACCACCAUCCUCUUCUUGGUCACCUGUAGCUUCAUCGUCUUGGAGAACCUGAUGGUUCUGAUUGCCAUCUGGAAAAACAAUAAAUUUCACAACCGCAUGUACUUUUUCAUUGGCAACUUGGCUCUCUGUGACCUGCUGUCCGGCAUAGCCUACAAGGUCAACAUUCUGAUGUCCGGCAGGAAGACGUUCAGCCUGUCUCCGACAGUGUGGUUCCUGCGGGAGGGCAGUAUGUUCGUGGCCCUCGGCGCGUCCACCUGCAGCUUGUUAGCCAUUGCCAUUGAGCGGCACCUGACCAUGAUCAAGAUGAGGCCCUACGAUGCCAACAAGAAGCACCGGGUGUUCCUUCUGAUUGGGAUGUGCUGGCUGAUUGCCUUCUCGCUGGGCGCCCUGCCCAUCCUGGGCUGGAACUGCCUGGAGAACUUUCCCGAUUGCUCUACCAUCUUGCCCCUCUACUCCAAGAAGUACAUUGCCUUCCUCAUCAGCAUCUUCACAGCCAUUCUAGUGACCAUCGUCAUCCUGUAUGCACGCAUCUACUUCCUGGUCAAGUCCAGCAGCCGAAGGGUGGCCAACCACAACUCGGAGAGAUCCAUGGCCCUGCUGCGGACUGUCGUGAUAGUAGUGAGUGUGUUCAUCGCCUGCUGGUCCCCCCUUUUCAUCCUCUUCCUCAUUGAUGUGGCCUGCAGGGUGAAGGAGUGCCCCAUCCUGUUCAAGAGUCAGUGGUUCAUCAUGCUGGCUGUCCUCAACUCUGCCAUGAACCCUGUCAUCUACACCCUGGCCAGCAAAGAGAUGAGGCGUGCCUUCUUCCGGCUGGUGUGUAGCUGUCUAGUCAGGGGCAAGGGGACCCAGGCCUCACCCAUGCAGCCUGCUCUUGACCCAAGCAGAAGUAAAUCAAGCUCCAGUAACAACAGCAGCCAUUCCCCAAAGGUCAAGGAAGACCUGCCCCAUGUGACCACUGCUACCUGCAUCUCUGACAGAAACAGACAGCUUCAAAAUGGAGUCCUCUGCAAGUGACCGUCUCCAGAGGGCCAGCUCUUCA